CUGGAACUAUAAUCAAGUCUCAGACCACGCUUUUGUUGGCUUCAGCUAUCGCGGAUUAUUGUCUUUUCGAAUAGUAGACGGUAACAUCGGUUUGGGUGAAUUUUAGUCGGUGCAAGUAAUUCAAUCCGUCAGAAUCUCAACUUCGGAUUCGAGAUAACAAUUUUGGAUUUGCAUCUAACGUAACCCUUCAGGAAGGAUUAAACAAUUUGUUUUCCACUUACAAUAAAAGUUUAUUCGGAAAAAAUAAAACUCAACGAGAAGUGUGAAAAUGUCUAUGAGAAUGAAUGAAACGGAUACGGUCGUAGACCGCAUGGUGAACUUUUUUGUGGAACAUGAAGAUCUUCGUACCAAAAGUUGGUUCCUUUCGAAUUCACCCGGACCUCUUAUAACAAUUCUUGCUGCCUAUUUGUACUUCUGCCUCUAUGCUGGACCUCGUUAUAUGCGUGAUCGUAAACCCUAUGAACUGAAAACUACUCUUUUAAUUUAUAAUGCAUUUCAAGUGUUAUUAAGUUAUGUUCUUUUCUACGAAGGAUAUAAAGGUGGUUGGGGCGGUCAUUAUAGUUUUAGAUGUCAAGAAGUUAUUUACGAAACAGAUCCAAUUUCAAUGAGGAUGGCUGGUGCUGUAUGGUUAUAUUAUAUUGCAAAAUUGACAGAACUUCUGGAUACAGUGUUCUUUGUUUUGAGGAAAAGACAACGCCAAGUGUCAUUCUUGCAUUUGUAUCAUCACACUUUGAUGCCAGUUUGUGCUUUUGUUGGAGUUAAAUAUUUUGCAGGUGGACAUGGAACUCUUCUUGGAUUCAUCAAUUCUUUCAUCCACAUCGUCAUGUACGCCUACUACCUGCUCUCAGCUCUUGGACCUAAAGUACAAAAGUAUCUAUGGUGGAAGAAGUACCUUACCAUCAUGCAAAUUAUCCAAUUCUUGAUCAUUUUCGUGCACACCCUGCAGAUUCAAUUCCAGCCCAACUGCAAAUUCCCCAAAUCAAUUGCCGCCUUGUUGACAUUCAACGCUGGUCUCUUCACCUACAUGUUCAGUGCAUUCUAUGUUAAGAGCUACAAAAAGGAAGCAGCUCAAGCGGCGCGAGAUGCCCUUAAAAGCGAAGAAAAGAAAGAAUAAGUUUAUCUAAGACUUUUCUUUGGGUUAAGAUUUCUUAGGUUUAUAUUAUUUUUUAAAUUUUUAAAUUGAGUUUUUAUACAAAACUCAAAAUAAUGUACAUUAUGUGUACAUUAAAAAUGUAAAUAGGACCAAAAAUUAAGUUAGGUAGUUGGACAUUUUGUAAACAAAAAAUACAAACAAAAUAUUGAAUUUGUAUAUUUAGAAAUGAUAAACAAAAGAGUAUGGUAUAUUUAGUAUAUAAUAGGUUAUUGGUAAGGAUGUAAAAAGGAUGUUAAAUUGUUAAGUGUGAUGAAUGUAUAGAAGCACUUACAACAGAGGAACUAAACUUCGAAAAUCUUCUAUUAAUUUAUUAAUUAAAGACUUAUUUUGGUUGAAGAUAUAUACAAAAAUAUCCCUAAUUUUAUUGUAUUUUUUGAGCUUUCCCUCUAAAUAUUUUUGAGCGUUUCCAAGAUUUUUAAAAUUUCUAUAUGCCAACAUUUCAGCUAAUAUUUAAAUUCAUAAUAACUUUGGAUGAUUUCUUUGCCUUUUUCUACACUAUUUGGACUUAAGGAACAUUCUUAAAUUUAAAUCAAUAGAUAAACCUAUCCAUUAAAAUUAAAACAUAAAUAAACAAAUAAAAUCAAAAUUGUUAAGGUACUCUUUCUACAAAAAUGUACCCUUUUUGAAAAGUCAUUAUGCACCUAAUUUUUCUGAUUAUGUUCUAUUCAAUGACUUCCUUCUAUCCGUCGUGCAUAACCCUUAUUAUUAUUUUUUUAAUUCUAUUAUAAUUUUAAUAAAAUCAAAAAAAUAUAUUAACACUAAUAAUUUGAACACAAAUUUAAAAGAAAUAAACAUCCAGUGUUAAAAGUUUAGAAUGUUGAAUUUAAGUGAUAGCUGAUAAAAUUGGUACAUUGAAUUAUUCAAUCAAAAUUUAUUAUAUACCUCUUAAAAAAUAUAUACGCAAAAUAUAAUGAAUAAUCUUGGUUUUGAAAUUAUUUAAAAUUUUAAUGUUUUUUGUUUUUAAGUCAUAUACAACUUAAACAACAAUUGAAUGUACAUCAUAUUUCUUUUUUUGUUUAGAAUUAAAUACUGGCCAAUUGUGCAAAUUAUAAUUUAAGAUUGUA